AUGACGGCACCAAAUUCUUCCAAUGGCCCGCCGGUCACCGUUUUGUUCGUCUGCCUUGGCAAUAUCUGCCGUUCUCCAAUGGCAGAAGGCGUUUUUCGCAAUGUUGCUGCCAACCACCCCCUAAUCAGCAAUAUCGAUUCUGCUGGCACAGCAGCAUACCAUGCUGGUGAACCGUCUGAUUCACGCACCAUGUCCACACUCCGUCGUCAUAAUAUCCGGAAUUACAGCCACGCCGCCCGGAAGGUCACUCUUGAGGACUUCCUCAAUUUCGAUUACUUGUUCGCCAUGGACGAAUAUAACUUGGAAGACCUGUUGGAUUUGCGUAACUCUGUCCUAUCUUCGUCAGGAAAAACGGCUUCGCACGUGGCCCGUGGCAAAGGCACCAGGGCCGCAACCGCUGCUUCAGUAGCUGCUAGUGUUGAGGCUGGUGCUAAAGUUGCAGAGGUGCGUCUUUUUGGUGACUACGGACCUGGGGGUUCCUUACACGAACGAGUCGGUGGUGGAGAGGCAGUCCAGGACCCUUAUUAUGGCGGGGCAAAUGGCUUUGAGGAGGUCUACCAGCAGGUGGCGCGAUUCUCGAAAAACUUCCUCGAUUACUUGGAGAAGGAGAAUCAGAAUUAG